AUGAGGGCGGAGGGCGCCGACCACUCGAUGAUCAACCUGUCGGUGCAGCAGGUCCUGAGCCUCUGGGCCCAUGGCACGGUGCUGAGGAACCUCACGGAGAUGUGGUACUGGAUCUUCCUCUGGGCUCUCUUCUCCUCUCUGUUUGUUCACGGUGCUGCAGGCGUGUUGAUGUUUGUGAUGCUGCAGAGGCACAGGCAGGGCAGAGUGAUCUCCAUCAUUGCUGUCAGCAUCGGGUUCCUGGCUUCUGUAACUGGAGCAAUGAUUACUAGUGCAGCAGUGGCCGGCAUCUACAGAGUGGCUGGGAAGAACAUGGCCCCCCUGGAAGCCCUGGUGUGGGGCGUGGGGCAGACUGUACUGACACUUAUCAUCUCCUUUUCAAGGAUCCUCGCGACACUCUGAGUUCUGAGGGAAUGUCUUCUUCACUAAGGAAAUGGAUGUACAGAUUCCCGGAAAUGUAUUGUUAACCAGCUGAAAUGAAAUGGUACAAGCAGGGACCCAGGAAGUCAACACCUAGGGCAGACCUUGAGCUGUGUGGAAAGCCUGCCCUCUGGCGUCCAAGCGAUUGCACUACCGCACUGCACCUCAUGUGCCUCCAUCCCGGGCAAGGUGCACAAGACUCUGAAGCUGCAAGAAGAAGCACCUUGUUUAGCUGCCGAUCAGGUUAACAUUGGUGUUGAAGUCAUCAUUCUCAACAGUGUUGUGUUCAGUUACAGGAGCGUUUUGAGAAAUUGAUCUAUGUGCCAAACUUUCCUUUCUUUUAACAUUGAUCAUGUGACAGUUUGCAAGUGUAGAUGUAGGUGAGUGUUGUCAGUGUACUUGACGUGGAUUCAGGUCAUGUCAGGCUUUGUUUUGUCACGUUAAAUCCCAUAUGAAUGUCGGAUGGUGGGCUUUCAGUACUAAGGAAGUGUUUGCUUUGUGAAGCUGAGUAUUCCUGGGACUUGGGGCUUUAAUAUGUCUGUGUGUUGUUAUUUAAUUUAUGUGAAAACCACUAGUCUCCUUAACGGAGGACUAGCUGAGCUGUUCUACGGACUCAGAUAGACUUGUAGGGUGCAUACGUUUCAGUAACCUACACCUUUCAUAGUUUCUCUCAUAUCAUAUUCUACUUACAUGGAUCAAACCUUUAUGAGUCAGACAUAUUGUCACUUGUGUGUCAUAAAAACAUAAUUUACAUUUUUCUUAUAAAUUUUGUAAGGAAAAGUCUGAGAUGCAUGUUGCAUUCUUUAACCCUUCUGAAGGUUUUUGCCUCCUCUGUCACGGAGCACAAACCUUCCAGUUCAUCGCAGUGAGAUUGUGUGUGCUGUGUACGUGUCUUGGACGUCUCUGAUUCUGGAGUACUAACUGCUUAGAGAGUGGCCUAAAUUAGGCUCUGAGGUUAAGAAUGCUUCAUUUAUAGAAAAACAGUAAGUACCUGACAUAGGAAGAGCAGUAAACUGUCUCACUCUGUGUGGCAGGGCUAGAAUUACACUUGGCAAGACUGGGGCACUGAGUGGGUCGUUUUCAAGUUGUCAGUUUGUCUGAGUAUAGCAAGACAGUGCAGAACCUUUAUCUAAGUGGGAUGUUAGUCGUAUGAUUUAAGUUUGUGUUUCUAAGUUAUUACCUGAGUCACAUUCAUUAACAGUAGAAAUAUACUUUGUUUAUAAAAACUUUAGGAGGUUUAGAAAAACACACAGUUGUUUAUUACAAAUGCUAGAAGUUGGGAAAGUAUAGUCCCUGGUUGAACUCUGUGUGUGUGUGUGUGUGUGUGUGUGUGUGUGUGUGUGUGUGUGUUAACCAGUUUUAAUUACAAAUAUGCUAGCUUAAGGGAAGAUCCAUUGUAGAAAUUAUGAAUUUAUAGGUAAUCUAAAAUAUAGUAUAGCACCUUGAGCUCUUUAACUUAAUUUGGUUUAAGACUUUUAUUAUCCAUACCCCCUUUUCUCUAACAAAAAGAAUAUAUUAUCAGCCUUUGGAGGAGCUGCUUUUGCCAGUGCAUCAGCCAACUUAGACUUACUAAUAAUGUGACUUGGACAUUUAACAACCCAAAAGUCAACCAAUAAGCAAACCUUAGAGAUGUCAGAGAACAAGUCUGAAAUUGAUUUCUUCCGUUGUCCAGGCCUACUGUUCUUCCCACUCAUUCUUUGUAUUCUUGCUGUUUUCUAAACUUAAACUAAAUAAGCAUCUUUUCCAGAUAACCCUGAUUCUCCUCUCCUGUUUGGCUGGCUUCUGCUCUUGUCAGCAACUCAGAACUUUGUGUGCCAGCGUGAGACUUACUGUCACUGACAUUGCCUGUGUACAGAACAAAUAUUUAUUUUAACAUGGUUAUUUUAUGAUCUAAGAAAAUUAUCGUGUUGAAGUAAUAUGGAGCCCAUUGUUCAAAUCUAAAACUAACUGAAAAUUAACUUGACACAUGGAAUAUGUGAAUGAACGGACCAAAGAGAUUUGAGCUUGUUUGUGCUCUAGGAUGAAAGUCUAAAAGGGUUAAUUACCACUUUAUCGACUGUCCUACAGUCAUCUCAUUGUCAAGCUAAUUUGCAUUAAGAAUUGUGUUUGUGUGUGCGUGUGCACUUUUAAUUUGAGGAGCAUUUUUAGUUUCUUCAGUUAUUUCUAUUGGGAUUUUGUGUAACUAUCACUCUUGGUAUUUUGAAAUACAGUUGUGUAGUGUGGAUUUAUGAAACUGUCUAUAUAUCUAUUUAUAUGGUGAAAUUUUCAAGAAGCUGUUUCUUAUAGAGACAAAGUGUUUAAUGAUAUAUAUAUAUACACACAAGUAUAUCAUUAUAUACAUAUAUAGAUAGCUAUAUAUGAAUACAGUCUGAUUGGAAAGCUUUC